AAUUACAAUGGAACCGGCCAAGAAAAUAUCAUUUGGUUUUAGUAAAAUAAAUAAAAAAGUGAAUUUAAGUGCAAAUAAACCUGUCCAGAAACCGGAAGUUGAAUUAAUAAAAUGUUUGGAGGGCCAGGAAAUCAAGCUGGUAGAGGAGAAAAAGGAAGAAGCACCACUUGUUAUACCCCUAAAGGGAGCACACAAAACCUCAUCUGCCUUGGCCAGUUUAAUGAAACGUCGAGCUGUACUAUUGGGAGAAGAUGAACCCAAUGAUGUGGAUAAACAAAAUGAAAACAAGGAAACUCCCAUAGAGGAGAACGGCAAUGAACCUGAGGAUCUGGAGAAAAGAGCCGCCAAAGAACUUUUGGCUGAAAUAAAUGCAAAUGGGUCAUUGGAUACAGAUAAAAAUCUAACAUUACCCGUUGUACAUCCCAACGAUUUGCCAUUGGAGGGUGCCAAAGAGUCAUCGAUGGAUGAUUAUGAAAAUAUUCCAAUACAAGAUUUUGGUAAAGCCUUACUGCGUGGUAUGGGUUGGGUGGAACCGCCUAAACCCACCAAAGGUGGCCCGCCUGUUGAUGAUAUGCCUAUGGUACGGCCCAAAGGUAUGGGUCUUGGAGCUGAUAAAGCUUUAAAAGCUAAACCUCUGUUGGUGGCUCCCGAAUCGAAUGAGGUCUUGGAGAUUAAGAGACAUGCCUAUGUACGCAUAUUGGGUGGCAAACACAAAGAUCUCUAUGGUCAAAUUGAGGGAUUUGAUGAUCAUGCUGGUAGGGUUAUUGUUAAAAUGGCCAUUGGUGGUGCCAAGGAAGCAUUUAAUGAGUUUCUAUGUCAACCGGUGUCACGCAAGGAGUAUGCCCAAUAUGGAAAGUGUAUAAAUUCCACUAAAUAUGAAGAAUAUAAAAGAAAGGAAAAUGAAUUUGGCCAAAUUGUUAUAAAGGAAGAGAAAAACGAUAUCAGAAAACCAAAGGAUGAUAAUAAAAAUAAUUCUAAAGAUGUUCAAAAUGGCAAAGAAGUCCAUGAAAUUUCAUCCGAUGAAGAUGAUCAAAGGAAUUCCAGAAAAAUAAAAGAAGAACGUUCGGAAAGAAGGGAUUAUGACGACAGAAAGGAUCGUAGGAAUGUAAAGGAUGAACCCGUGGAAAGAGAACGUAAAAAUAUAAAGUAUGAGAAAGAAGAAAACUCAAAGGGAGACUACGAUGAGAGAAGAGAUCGGAAAGACACUAGGGAAGAACCUUUGAGGAGAUCUGAUGAUCGCCGGAAAGAUAGGAGGGAUAAAGACGAAUAUAACAAGAGUGACAACAAAAGUACCAGGAAUAACUACAAUGAUAGAAAUAACUAUCGGGAUAGAGAUGAUUCCAAAGGAAGAGAUAGAGAAAGGGAUAAUAGAAAUGAUAAAUAUCGGGAUGUUGAUGAAUCCAAAUAUAAUCGAAGAGAAGAUAAAUAUGAAAAUAAGGAUAGGGAUAGUAGAAAGGAUAACCAUAGAGACGAUGACAGGAGAAGAGAAAACGAACGUGAUUAUAGAAGAGAUGAUGAGAAGUACAAAAAACGUGAAGUAGAGCGUUACAAAGAUGAACGUUAUGACAAUGACGAUAGAAAUUAUCGCAAUGACGGAGAUAGAAAAACUGAAAAUUUAUCCAGAGAAAAGCAAAAAGAUUACGAGGAAAGAAGUCGUCGAAAGAAUUCGAAAUCUUCUAAUGAUUCUGACUCAAGUGAUAGUGAAGAGGAGUAUAGGAAAAACAAAAAAUCCAACAAAAAGAAGAAAAAAUCUGAUAAGAAAUCCAAAAAAUCAAAGAAAAGCAAAUCCAGACAUCAUGAAUCUAGCUCGGACUCGGAAGAUUCAUCGUCCUCGGAUUCAAGCGAUUCCGAGGAGGAGAGAUCAAAGAAAAAACAUAAAAGUAAAAAUAAGAAAAGCAAAAAACAACGUGAACGUUCCCGUUCAAGAGGAAGAAGAUAACAUACA